ACCUGAAACCGGCGCGGUGUCGGGUUCGCACAGCCGGCGCCAGCCCCGCCGUGGGUCGCGGCCAGCCCCCGGGCGGGGGGGGACGACACCGGCUGGCACCGUUCGGGCCGGGAGAGGGGCGCUCCCACACCUCAUCACGUGCCUCAGUCCUCCCGUGCGUGGCGUUCGGCUCCGCGCGCAGCCCCGCGGGGGGGGCUCAUCCCACGGGAGGAGGGGGGUGUGACACGGGGCUCCCCCCGCGCCCAGCGCCGGUCCCGCCACCUGAGUGACAGGUCCCACGGCCGGCACACCGCCGGGACAGCCAAUCUCCGCCGGCACCGACGGGCGGGAGGCGGUGCUGCUGUCCCCCCCCCCCCCCCCCCGCGUCGUCCUCUCCAUCCCCCCCGCGCCGAGCGGUGUCUCUUUCUCAGGUGGCACCAUGGGGACAGGCUGUGCCACCGGGACCCCUCCUGCUGCCCCCCAGCCGGCCCCAGCGCUGCGCCGCUGAGGAUCGCGCCCCAACCUGGGCAUGUGCGGCGGGACGGUGCCACGGUCUCCCCCCGCUGGCGGGCAGCCCCGGCCCCGUGAGCACCCGGCGAGCCACGCUCGUACCGCUCGGCCGCCGCCAUGGCCCAGGGCUGGGAGGACGCGGAGAUGACGGCGGCCGGGCGGUCGCGGAGCUCCAGCAGCAAGGUCAGCCUGGCGCCCCGCUGCCUGCUCAGCAAGCAGAGCCGCCUGCUCAACGGGGUCACCCGCAGCGCCCGCGCCACGUCCCCCAUGGGGCGCGUCAUCCUCAUCAACUCCCCUAUUGAAGCCAGCAGCAAUGAGAGCGAUGUCAUCAAUGCCAUCACGGUGGAGAAGAGCACGGAUGGCAAGCUGGGCUUUAGUGUCCGUGGUGGCUCCGAGCACGGGCUGGGCAUCUUCGUGAGCAAAGUGGAGGAGGGCAGCGCUGCCGAGCAGGCCGGGCUGUGCGUGGGGGACAAGAUCACGGAGGUGAACAGCGUGAGCCUAGAGAACAUCACCAUGAGCAGUGCCGUCAAGGUCCUCACUGGCAACAACCGCCUCCGCAUGGUGGUCCGGCGGAUGGGCCGUGUGCCGGGCAUCAAGUUCUCCAAGGAGAAGACAGCCUGGGUGGAUGUGGUGAACAGGCGCCUGGUGGUGGAGAAGAGUGGCUCAACACCAUCAGAAAGUGGCUCUGAGGAUGGUCUGCGACGCAUCGUCCACCUCUACACCACCUCUGAUGAUUACUGCCUGGGCUUCAAUAUCCGCGGAGGUCGGGAGUUCGGCCUUGGCAUCUAUGUCUCCAAGGUGGACCCCGGGGGGCUGGCAGAGCAGAAUGGCAUUCGGGUGGGCGACCAAGUCCUUGCAGCCAACGGAGUCAAGUUCGAAGACAUAAGCCAUAGCAAGGCGGUGGAGGUGCUCAAGGGGCAGACCCACAUCAUGCUUACCAUCAAGGAGACCGGCCGCUUCCCUGCCUACAAGGAGCUGGUGGCCGAGUACUGCUGGCUCAGCCGCUUGACCAACGGGCAGCUGCAGCAGCUCUCUCAGACCUCGGAGACCAGCUCCUCCAUCUCCUCCUACUCCUCGGGGCCACCACCGGGGACAGUGAACGGGCUGGGGACGGUGACCCCCGGGCCACCCACCCGCACAGUGGAUGUAGCCAUCUCCACAGAGGAUGGGCUGCGGCGGGGCUGGGCGCGGGAUCGUGCUGAACGGGCCAUGCAGACAGAACCAGCCACCGAGGGGCUGCAGGAAACACGGCGUACGGUGCGGCCCCCGGAGCUGCUGCGGGACACGGCCAUCCGAGGCCAGGGUGCCCGCGAGCCCCCCGGCACCCACCCACGCCGCACCUUCUCCCACUCCCCCAAAACGGCGCUGCUGUUGGCGCUGAGCCGGCCCCGGCAGCCCAUCACACGUUCCCAGAGCGACCUCACGGUGGCUGAGGAGAAGCGGAAGAAGAAGCCGGAGGGCCAGGGGUCACGGGGGGCUCCUCCUGGGCUGCACCGCUCCAAGACCCUCGUCAACCUUUUCUUCAAGGGUGGCCGCACCAGCAGCCAGAGCUGGGCACCCCCCAGCCCUGAGCCCCCCAGCUCCGAGCGCCGGGCACUCACCAAAUCUCUGGGGCGCCCUGAAGGGGACAGAGUAGGUGCUGUGCAGAAGUUUGUCAUCCGGAGCCUGAAGCGGGAGAAAAGCCGCCGUGGCCCCAUCCCGGCCCCGUUCUGUGGCCCGGGCACCCCACAGCCCGACGGCGGUGAUCCCGAGGCACGGCUUACACUUAUCCAGGACACAGCGGCACGGCUGCUCAGCCCCGAUGAGGUGACGGCCGUGCUCCGCCAUUGCACUCGGUACCUGCACGAGGGCGGUGUGGAGGACCUGGUGCGGCCACUGCUCGCUAUCCUGGACAGGCCUGAGAAGGUGCUGCUGCUGCGGGAUGUUAGGAGUGUGGUGGCCCCCACAGACCUGGGACGCUUCGACAGCAUGGUGAUGCCACUGGAGCUGGAGGCUUUUGAUGCCCUCAAGAGCCGCUCAGUGCGCUCGCCUGCCCUGCGCCCAGCCCACCACGAUGUCCCCCCCAAGCGACACCUCAUCACACCUGUGCCUGAUUACCGUGGAGGGUUCCUGCUGAAGCCAGCGGGGGCCCCUGAAUCAGAGGAAGCCAAGGGGCUGCCGCAGAGCCCAGCCCGGCCGCGGGCCUCUCCAAGCCCCCGCCGGCUGCACCCCCGCACCUACACCCCACUCCCUGACGUGCCAGUGGACGCCUAUGCCUACGCCGGCGGCCCCCCACCCACCCCUAGCCCCAGGUCCCCCAACUGGCUGCUGGCCGAGCCCCCGCACAGCCCCCAGCCCCAGGACGGGCGCUGCUCGGUGCUGGUGAAGCCCCGAAGAGGACGGGCUCCCCUCACACUGGGAGGGGAGAGGGGGGCUGCGCCACUCGCCAAUGGCCCCAGGGAAGAAGAGGAGGAGGAGGAGCAGCUGCUGACUGUCACCUUGUCCAAGCUGAAGCAUUCACUGGGGAUCAGCAUCUCUGGUGGCAUUGAGUCACGGGCACAGCCGAUGGUGAAGAUUGAGAAGAUCUUCCCUGGGGGGGCCGCCUUCCUCAGCGGUGUCCUCAAGGCGGGGCAUGAGCUGGUGUCAGUAGACGGGGAGAGCCUGCAGAAUGUCACACACCAGCGCGCCGUGGACAUCAUCCGCCAGGCCUACCGCAACAAAGCCAAGGAGCCCAUGGAGCUGGUGGUACGGGUGCCUGCUGCCCCCCCGGAGUGACACCGCACCUCCCCAGGAGCCAUCCCGCAUUCCCAUGGACCUGGCUCACUCUGCACCGAGCUGCAGCCGGUCUCAGCCAGCAGGGACUAAAGGACUUGUGUGCACAGAGGGACAGCCCAAAAUGGGACUGAGGUGGGGGCAUGUUGGGGAUAAGGGAGGAAGGCAGGCAGCCCCAACCCUGCUACAGAUACAUGGACACUGCCCUGAAAAACACAGCCAGGGGCUUGUCUUUAAUCAGUGUUUCCGGGUGGUACGAGGGCAAGCCGGGCUCUGGAAGUGGGACACAACAGAAAUAAAAGUACAAAAAUACAA